AGUGCGCUUUCCAGUUCCAGUUUGCGUUCCCACCCGACCAGCAGCUGUGGUGAGCGGCAAUAUCGCCGCCCGAGCCACUCGUUUUACACAAAAUUUUACCAACCCUUUCGUCGUGCCGAAUAGCAUGACGUAAACUCAACACGACUCCGAAGAAAAUAACCAAGUGCUAGUGUAAUUUGUGCUGUGAUAGACGGCGGCGAGUUUUGACGAAAUCUGUGCGGCUACACUGACAGUUAACUUCAAAAAAGGAUAACAAGAAGAUCAUUCGAAGAUGGCGAUCUUCGGUAUGGCGUCCGCUGUGGCGGGCUUCGUGAAAGUCCGCUACCUCAUCGACAAGGCCGUCAUUGACAACAUGGUGUUUCGAAUGCACUACAGAAUUACAUCGGCCAUCAUGUUCCUGUGCUGUAUACUCGUCACGGCGAACAACUUGAUCGGCGAUCCAAUUUCUUGCAUCAGUGACGGCGCGAUACCGAACCACGUCAUCAACACAUACUGCUGGAUCACGUACACCUUCACUCUUCCCAACACUGGCUUGAAAGGCAUCGCACAUCCUGGUCUCGGCAAUGAUUAUGAAGAGGAAAAGCGAAUUCAUUCAUACUACCAAUGGGUUCCAUUUAUGCUUUUCUUCCAGGGAGUUCUCUUUUACCUCCCCCACUGGAUCUGGAAGAACUGGGAGGAGGGCAAGGUGCGAAUGAUCUCCGACGGCAUGCGCGGCACCAUGGCUACCAUUGAUGACACGAGAACUAACCGACAGAAUCGACUUGUGCAGUACCUGCUUGAUACGUUGAAUAUGCAUAAUACAUACUCUUUUGGAUACUUUUUCUGCGAGAUUUUGAACUUCGUUAACGCUCUUGGCAACAUAUUCUUUCUGGAUACAUUCCUGGGUGGAGCAUUUAUGACGUAUGGAACAGAUGUGGUGAGGUUUUCCAAUAUGAACCAAGAACAAAGAACGGAUCCUAUGAUCGAAGUGUUCCCAAGAAUCACGAAGUGUACAUUCCACAAGUUUGGUGCUUCUGGAACAAUCCAGAAACACGACGCGCUUUGUGUCCUCGCCUUGAACAUUCUUAAUGAGAAAAUAUUCAUCUUCCUUUGGUUCUGGUUGAUUAUUCUGUCUAUCGUUUCUGGUCUGGCAUUGGUCUAUUCGGCUGCUGUCAUUCUUCUGCCAAGCACUCGGGAAACCAUACUCAAGAGACGCUUCCGGUUUGGAACACCUAACGGAGUCGAGGCAUUGGUGCGCAGGACUCAGGUUGGCGACUUCUUGCUCCUACAUCUCCUUGGCCAGAAUAUGUCACUGCGCGUAUUUGGGGAAGUGUUGGACGAAUUGGCUAGAAGACUACACUUCGGCUCGAACCCUCCAUCUGCACCUUCCACUAUCGAAAUGGCACCUAUGUAUCCUGACGUUGACAAGUUCUCCAAAGAAACCGAGACGUAAGCAAAUCAUGCGCUGUACACCCAAGUACUACAAAAUGCGAAAGGCUCAACUACGCUCGUGGAGAAAUUUGGAGCGACAACAGUAUCAUUUGCAACUUCCUAAUGCAAUGAGAUUACUUUACAUGUAUUUCUCUACGUAAUUGAUAUCGUUCUCACGGUACGUACUUGAGCCUUGACAGUAACUUCUCUUGUUGGGUGUACUGUCCAUGUUUUAGCCUAAACAAUUUCUCAUUAGGAUACUUUCCAUUCGAAGCAAUUUCAUGACAUUCCUUACUGUAUUACUAUACAAUACAUAGCCACAUUAUAUUGCCUUUUUGCAUUACUAUUAAGACUAAAGACAGUAAUUUUGUAAUCUUGAAUUGUUACGUGUUUAUGUAUGUUUGUAAGAGUAAAUUUAUGAAAGAUAAGCGGUUUGUUAUAUGUGUCGGUUGUGUCCUUCAAAUAAUGAUAUCAUCAGGGUGGAUUUUAUGUUGAAUAUUAUCAUAUGUGUAAUAAAACAUAAUAAGCUUAUUGUAACUAUAAAAGACAAAUGUACAAAAUUACCUGCAAGCUUAAAAAAAAACGUCACUGUUAAUUUUCUAUGAGCACAAUAGUUCUUUAUGCAACUGUUGUGUAAUAAGGGGUAUUAAAACACGAAUGUGGGUUUAUCACGAGGCGAAGCCGAGUGUGAUAAUAGUAUCACAUGAGUGUUUUAAUACCUAACUAUCAGCAAAGACUUUAUCUACGCCCAUAAUAUGAAUCCUCUAUAAAAGUUUCUGAAACAGUAGCUUACUGCUAACAUUAAAAAAGCCAGACCUUAUAACCAUUACAUCCAAACGAGUGUUGUAAUGAAAUUAAGUACAACAUUACAACACUCGUUUGGAUGAUGUAAUGGUUAUAAGGACAUUGGGUGUUCUAAUGUUGGCAAUAUGCUGACUGUUUUAGAAUCUUUAAUAGAGCAUUUAAAGCAGAUAAAAUAUAUUGUACAAUAUCGAAUACAUAUUACUCGCAAAGUUCAAUGUACCUAAUACAAGAAUAACAAGUACCUAUACAGAUUAUUUUUAUGCUGCCUUUAUUGGGUAUUUUUAUUGGUAGAAUAAACUUAGGUGCAUAACUAAUUUCCCUACUCGCGUAAAGUUCACGAAGUUUGUGUGCCAUUUAGAAAAAAUUUUUGGCAUUAAAUUUUACUCUAACCAGUAGUGCAUUUGGCAAAUGAAUGCUGUAUAUCAUUUAGGACCAAUUUUAUUAUGCUUUUUUGUAUACUAUUUAGGUUAAGACUUUUCAGUCAAAUUAGCCAUAUACAUCGUUAGGAAUUAGGAUUAUUAUAUUAUAGAUUAUUUCCUGGAAUCUCUUUAACGUUCAUUUAAACGUAGCAUAAUAAGUUCCCAGUAAUUAUCGUGCAUAUUAUAGAAUUACGGACAAUUUAUGACGAUUUUGGAAGAUAAGGCAUAUAUUGCAAUUAGUGGAUCAAAUUGAAAAAGUGUCUUUCAAUCCUGUACUAGGUUAUAAAAUUAGGAAGACUGUUCUUAUGAAUUACUAGGACGUAUGAAUUUUCUGUAUUUUGAUUAUAUACAUUCGAUGAAAUAAAGUAUAGAAUAUAA